GAAAUCUUAUGUUAAAUCCUUGAAGGCCCCCACGCAGAGUCUGGACGACUGGGUGCUCGCUCUGACUCUGAGUCUGAGUCCUAGUGCGUUUCAUCGCAUACUUGGCCAUCGACACUUAGGCAAACUUCUUUUUAUAGGUUUGAAGGAGCUCUGCAGGCACACUGAGCACCCAGCGCAGGAAAUCGAGCGCAUCAUAUUAGAGAGCAGACAGGAUGCCAGUCGAAGUAGCAGGCACGGUCUCCACGUUUGGGCAACAGAGUCUUUCGACAAAGCCGACAGAGCCUCGCACGAAAAUUGGUACGUCCACGAGGACGGACAAGCUCGCGGGCGCCCAAUACGAGGCGAAACUACUGGGUGGAACAAGCAAGGGAGUGACCACCAACCUUGUUAGCGGCUUUGGUUUGCAGCCCAGCUCCAGGGCUCAAUCAGCGCCAUCUUACAGGUUUGGCAGCCGGUUCCAGCUUGAUCAUGAGGCCGGAGAGUCCAGGCAGGGCUCCCGACUUGGACCGGGUGGCGAGACGGGCGGCGAGGCGCCGCGGUACGGGAACCCUGGGCCUGGAGCCUACAGUUCCCCGCGCCUGCAGCCUGAUUCCGUAGGCCGCCAGGUCCAGUCCAUUAACACCACGGAGCCCACAGCGCGCGUGGGCACCGAGCGGCGCUUCGGCAUCUUCAAAGACGAGUUCGCCACGCCCUCGCCCGGUUCUUUCAAGCCCGCAUCCGGUUGGAUUGGCGACGCGCCGACCUACUCCUUCCACGGCGGCAGCCGCCGCGCGGACAUGGCCAAGGGGCUGCCCGGCAACACCCCAUCGGCGCUGCAGUCGCCUGGCGCCGGCACCUACGAGGCACCCUCGGCCCUGUUCAACCAGGCCUCCUCAAAAAAGCCCACCGCGCCCCGCACCCGUGUGGGCACCGCAGGCCGCGACCAGCAGCGCAAGGUGUUUGUGUCUAAGGGCCACGAGCGCGAGUCGCAGGGUGCGCACUCCCCCAGCCCAAACGCCUACUCGCCAAAGCACACGUUCAACAGCAAGGUCAAGAGCAGUGGCGGGUGGGGCUUUGGCAGUGGCGACCGGUUCUCGGAGGUGAAGAGCAACAACGGGAAGGAGCUCAAGGUCCUGACCCCGGGGCCGGGCUCUUACGUUGUAUGAGUUCGUCGUUGCUGAAGCGUCUAUGUUAUGGCUUAUGUGCGAGUGAUGACACUUGGCACGAAGUUUGGUGGCAAUGUGUGUUGAGUUGGGACUCGUUGAGUGCUGUGCUGCUGACAAUACCGCCGUGGGAGUCCAGGUCAAAGGCUCUUUGGCGCACGUACCAGCUUUGAGGGUGUGCGGGCUGCCCCAUGGUCUGGCACGUUGUUUAGGUGCAGUGCAGCUUUGGGAAUCCUUACCUACCAAAUGACUGGGUAGGGCCACGUUUACAAGGUCGCCGGUAGGCUUCUGUAGCUAGUACGAGCCUGCCCGACUUCCGCGGAAUCUCGCGAAAUCCCGAGUUGCUUGACCGGAAGGCUAGUUGGCGCACGACACUGAUACGGUAUGCAGGGGAGCGCGGCAGGACUGCAGGGUGCGUGGGGUAAGCAGAGGACACUGAGGACUGGGAAGAAGGAUGUGAUUCCUUAUCAAAAUGGCAGGCACAAGUCGGGGUAUGCAGCAUAGGUGACCGGAAGGCAAAGUAAGAUAGAUUUAGCGCCCAGAUGCGCGCCGUGAAGGAGGCGUUCAGGCAGGGUUUGGACGCAUUGGCAGCACGCGUUUGCUCGGGUAUUGUGCAGUUGCAGGUUGUGGGCGGAAAACGCGCUCAGAACCUGGUUGAUGGAAGAAGAUGGCUCCCGUGUAAAAGCUGGAGGAUGCAAUGGGUGGAUGGAGUGGGUUUGUAACACAAGUAACAACUA